UUUAUGUGACUUGCUGUUGUUACAAACAACUGGAAAAUACUUUUGUGACUUAAAUUUUAAAUUGAUUCUGGUUUUCAGAUGCCAGGCGGUGGUGUAACCGUGAAAGACGUCAACCAGCAGGAGUUUGUCCGUGCGCUGGCAGCCUUCCUCAAGAAGUCGGGGAAGCUGAAGGUGCCAGACUGGGUUGACAUCGUUAAGCUAGCCAAGCAUAAAGAGCUGGCUCCCUGUGAUGAGAACUGGUUCUAUGUCAGAGCUGCCUCCACAGUGCGUCACCUGUACCUGCGUGGAGGUGUUGGCGUAGGCUCUAUGACCAAGAUCUAUGGCGGGCGUAAGAGGAAUGGUGUGUGCCCCUCUCACUUCAGUGUGGGCUCCAAAAACGUUGCCCGUAAAGUGCUUCAGGCCCUCGAGGGACUCAAGAUGGUGGAGAAAGACCCCAAUGGUGGGCGUAGACUGACCCCUCAGGGCACCAGAGACCUGGACAGAAUCGCUGGGCAGGUUGCCGCUGCAAGCAAGAAAUCUUGAAGUGUAAAAUAAACUUUUGUGAGAAACCAA